UGAAGGCCAGACCCGUAGCCCUUGGGACAAGUCAGGAGACCUUCUACCUGUCUGUCCAUCUACCCUCCAUCUGUCCGAGGGCCAUCCGUCCAGUCUAUCCAUCUAGAUCAUCGCCAGUCCAUCCCUUCCCGGCUUGCUCGCCCUGUCCAGCCGCCCAGCUCCACCACCUUGGCCAGCGAUGACGUCUGGAGAGCCCCUGCACGCGAGGACCCCCAUCCGUGACAGCAUGUCCCUGUCCAAAGUGGCGGGCACCUGCGUCUACCUCAAGAUGGACAGUGCCCAACCUUCAGGCUCCUUCAAGAUCCGGGGCAUUGGACACCUCUGCAAGACGUGGGCUGAGCAAGGCUGUGAACAUUUCGUCUGCUCCUCGGCGGGCAACGCGGGCAUGGCAGCCGCCUAUGCCGCCAGGAAGCUGGGCAUCCCUGCCACCAUCGUUGUGCCCAGCACCACACCUGACCUCACAAUUGAGCGGCUCAAGAACGAGGGCGCCAUGGUCAAGGUGGUGGGUGAGAUGUUGGACGAGGCCUUCGAGCUGGCCAAGGCCCUGGCGAAGAACAACCCGGGCUGGGUCUACGUUCCUCCCUUUGACGACCCCCUCAUCUGGGAAGGCCACACGUCCAUCGUGAAGGAGCUGAAGGAGACCCUGAGUGCAAAGCCAGGGGCCAUCGCGCUGUCGGUGGGCGGCGGGGGCCUGCUGUGCGGCGUGGUCCAGGGGCUGCAGGAGGUGGGCUGGGGGGACGUGCCCGUCAUCGCCAUGGAGACCGCCGGAGCCCACAGCUUCCACGCCGCCACCACCGCCGGCAAGCUCGUCUCCUUGCCCCAGGUCACCAGCGUGGCCAAGGCCCUGUGCGUGAAGACCGUGGGGGCUCAGGCCCUGAAGCUGUUUCAGGAGCACCCCAUUUUCUCUGAAGUUAUCUCCGACCAGGAGGCGGUGGCUGCCAUCGAGAGGUUUGUGGAUGACGAGAAGAUCCUGGUAGAGCCGGCCUGCGGGGCAGCCCUGGCCGCCGUGUACAGCCGUGUGGUUCAGAAGCUGCAAGGCGAGGGGAAGCUCUGUGUCCCGCUCUCCUCCCUCGUGGUCAUCGUCUGCGGGGGCAGCAACAUCAGUCUGGGCCAGCUGCGGGCCCUCAAGGAACAGCUGGGCAUGAAGAACGGGUGGCGCAAGUGAGGGCCUUUCUCCCCGGGUCGGGGGGACCCCCGGAGGAGCUGGAGUUUUAUCCAGUGCCUCGCUGUAAAUAGUAUUUGUGUGUCUGCCCGUGAGCCUGUGGCCCGGCAGGUCCCCUUGUGCCCACGAGCCCACUGUGCCGAGGGGGCCAGAGCCCCAGGGUGCGGGGCGCGUCGGCAGCCAGCGAGGCUAGGUCUGUGCAGCCCGCUCCGUGACUACCCUAGCCACCCCUGCUAGGUGACGACCACCCACGUGUCCCAUACCAGGUCCCCCGGGUGGGGCGGGCCUCCUCCCUGGAAGGCACAGGGGGCUACGGUCUGGGCCAGGGUCCGCAACGGAGAACCGGCUACCCUCUCCCCCGGGAAGCCCCGCCCCGCCCCGCCCCUGGGCAGUUUUCUAAUUGCAGACUUUUUCAUUGAAAAA